AUGCAGGAAUCAAGACUAAGAAUUGGUAUUGAUGUUGGUGGAACAAACACUGAUUGUGUUCUUCUUGAUCCAACCAAACAACAUACGGAAUCAAGAGGAAUCAUAGCAUGUGCUAAAUCCUUAACAACUCCUGAUAUUACCACCGGUAUAUUCACUGUGAUGAAAAAGGUCAUCGAAGCAUCUCAGGUUAAAACUGAUAAGAUUGCAAUAGUGACUAUCGGAACAACUCACUUUCUCAAUGCCAUCAUCGAAAGAGAUGUUUCAAGAUUGGAUAAGGUGGCUAUUAUACGUUUAUCUUCCAACUUCACUAGAUCAAUACCUCCAUUCUCAGACUUCCCACAAGAUCUUAAAGACGCAAUAUAUGGAUACCAUGGAUUUGUCUCUGGUGGUUUACAGAUUGAUGGUUCAUUAAUCUCGGAAAUCAAUGAGGAGGAAAUAAUACAACAAUGUGAAGAGAUCAAGAAAAGAAAGCUAAUUAGUGUGGUGAUUGCUGGAGUAUAUUCCCCAUUGGAUACAAAAUAUAAUCAAGAGUAUAAGGCAAGGGAAAUAGUUGAAAAACAUCUACCAGGUGUAAGGAUUGUUUGCUCAAGAGACGUUGGUACCAUUGGGUUUUUGGAAAGAGAGAACGCAUCCAUCUUGAAUGCAUCAAUUCUAAGGUUUUCAGAGUAUGUUAUUCAAAGUUUUAAAUCUGCAUUAGAGAACCUUGGUCUCAAAUGUCCAUUAUACCUUACUCAGAAUGAUGGUACCAUAAUAGCAGCUAAACAAGUGAAGAAAAUACCGAUUGUUACCUUUAGUUCGGGUCCAACAAAUUCAAUAUUGGGCGCAGCAUACCUUAGCCAGGUCAAACAUUCAAAAUCAAGCAUAUUGGUUGCUGACGUUGGUGGUACAACAACAGAUAUAGGUGUUUUAUUACCAUCUGGUUUCCCAAAGCAAGCAUCUGCUUAUCUUUCCAUAGCUGGUGUUCGAGUCAAUUAUGCUAUGCCUCAUGUUCAUACUAUAGGUUUAGGUGGUGGUUCCAUUGUUGCUGAGCAAGCUGAUGGCUCAUUUACUGUUGGACCAGAAUCUGUAGGACUCUCACUUACAAAAAAUGCAUUGGUAUUUGGUGGUUCAACAACAACUGCUACAGAUGUUGCUCUUUUGGCUAAACACAUAGAGAUAAAAGGUGGUGAUAUGUCCAAAUUGACUUGUCUUAGUGAAAAUACCAUUGACAAGUCAUUUAAACAGAUUCAACUAAAUCUUUCUAAAGCUAUUGAUGCAAUCAGGACAUCUCCUGUGGACCUUCCGUUGAUUCUAGUCGGUGGUGGAUCAAUGGUAAUAGGAGAUAAGAUUGAUGGCAUAUCUGAAAUCAUUCGCCCCACCUAUCAUGAGUAUGCCAAUGCUAUUGGUGCUGCCGUUGCCAAAAUUGCUUCCGUUGUGGAUACAGUUAUAUCAUUAGAAGGUGGAAUAUCUUUUGAAAAGGUUUUGGAAUUGAAGAAACAAGAUGCUAUUGAAGCGAUCAUCAAAGACAAAGGUGCAGUUAGAGAAUCAACUUAUAUUGCUGAUGUUACAACUCUCCCGGUCCAAUGUUCAACCAAUAAAGUUAGAAUAAUCAUUAAAGCUGCUGGUGAAGUUGAUUUGACAAAAGCAUUUGAACUUCAUAACAGAGAUUCAAUUAGAUCUGAAAUCAAGAAAGUAGUCAAACCUGAAGCUACAUUUCAAACCAAGGUUCUUGAUUACAAGCCUGAUAUCAAAAAUGGUAUUUGGAAUAUAUCACAGACAGAUCUGAAAUGGUUUUCGAUGGGAUGUUACGUUUUGGGUUGUGCAGGUGGUGGAUCACCUCAAUGUGAAUAUUUGGAAGUCAGAAAUAUCCUCGAUGAAGGCUACGAAAUCAAGAUUCAAGAUCAUGAGGCCAUUGGUGAUGAUGAUAUUAUUGCUUGGGGUGGUAUCAUGGGCUCACCAGCUGUCUCGAUUGAGAGACUAGGUGGAACAGACACUGUUGAUGCGUUAGCUGAAGUAUUGAAGUUCACACACAAUGAAGAUUGUCAGGCUUUGAUGUGUCUUGAAAUUGGUGGUGCAAAUGGUUUACAAUCAUUAAUUAUGGCUUCAUCAAAAUAUUUCAAUAAACCAUUAUUGGACUGUGAUUGGAUGGGGAGAGCUUAUCCAACUUAUUAUCAAACAACUUUAGCUGCACAUACUACGGGAUUGUUAGCACCAGCUGCUAUCUCUGAUGGUGUUGGAAAUUCUUUGAUAUUGACGUCAGCAAAUUCUGAUGUCUUGACUGAUGUUAUUUUGAGAGCAUCAUGUGGAGAAAUGGGGUCAAGGGUUGGCUACGCUGGUCGUCCAUCUGAAGGACAUCUUGUUAAAAAAUUUGCAGUUAAAAACUCAUAUUCCUUAGCUUGGAGAAUAGGUAGACAGAUUGCAUAUUGUCAGGAAACAAACAGUACAGAUCAAGUCGCUGAUAGAAUCAUUGAAGAAGUUGGAGGGCAGUCUAGUGCCAAAAAGCUCUUCACUGGAAAGAUAACUUCUGUUGAGCAAAAGUUAUACAAGGGUCAUAGCUAUGGGCAGAUUGUUAUUACUGCAUUUGAUGCAGAAGAUCAAGAUAUCUCAAGUUCCGAUAUUCCAUUUGUCGAGACUAAGGGAACUUUGAGAGUUCCAUACAAGAAUGAAAUAAUGUAUGCUGAACAUGAGUUUGAUUCGAAAAAAAAGAUUUUGGCAUCAGUUCCUGAUCUAAUAAGUGUGAUUGAUACACAAUCAGGGCAAGCCAUUGGUGUUCCGGAGUUCAAGUAUGGUCUUAGGGUCAUUGUCAUUGGUAUUGCAGGUUCAGAUCUUUGGUCUGAUUGCGAAAAGAGCAGAGAACUUGGUGGAUUAAAAGCGUUCAAGUAA